GAGAGAGAGGCACAAACUUGCAAGAAGCAGAGCAUGCAGAAAAAGCUCCGCAAGAAGACAACAGUGCAGCAGCUCGGCAGGGUUUGAGGCUACAGAGCAGGAUUACAACAAUGAUUGCCACAACUCAACAAAACAUGACCACGGAGCUGGUAUGUGUGUUUUCUUUUUUUCACUGUUUAAUCCCCACUUAGUGCUUUGUGAGGGUGUGUUUAAGUGUGUGUGUAGUCUCUGAGGGGAGAUUCAGAGGGUCCUCUGAUGUGCAGUGGGGGAUUCCUCAUGUAUGCCCACAAUGCGAUGAGUAUCGAUUUGCGUUUUAACCAUUUCGUCCAUUCAGACUUUUUCAGUCAAUAUUACUCUCCUGCACAGGCUGGACUCUGUGCACUGCGGUGCAGGGCAGCUGGUGUGGCAAAUCGACGACCAGUGGCUCUCAAACACUUGCAUUGUUACUCUGUCCCAUGCAGACUUUUAUUGCAUGAUCUCUGCAUUCAUAUAUUCAAGCAAGAGGUUUUAUCUCCAUCCCUGCUGAGAGGGACAGAGACCUACAGUAUAGCAUACAAUUUAAUUGAUUAUCCCUGUGGCUGCUGUGUAGGUGUGUUGUCAAUGGGUAAAGACUGUGUGCAUACAUCCCUUCUUUGCUUAAAUCAUUAACAUACUAAUGAUGGCUCAUGAUCAAUUUUGUGCAAAUGAUUGAUUUGCAUUAUAAAUAACCAUUCAUACAUUUUUUCCCAUUCAGUGCAACAUCUACACCUGAGCCACUGUUACUGUUUAUAAGGACAGUUCACCUCAGCUUAUGAGUCAGAUACAACCUCCGAUCUUACACAAGCAGAUUAGAUUUCUCAAUCACUGUAUGUGGAUUUUACGGAGCGCUCUUAACUGAUUAAAGUUUUUAAAUUCUGGAUUAAUGGAUUGAUGCCAUGAAGAUGAUAAAUGCAUGCAAAAGAUUAAUCACCACUGGUUUUAACUGUGCAAUUUUAUGCAUUUUAGACAAUGAAUAUGCUUCUUACGAUGGGUAAAAGUUUCUCGUGCUGCAUCACCCGUCCAGCAAUUUUAAUCAGCUGCUUCUGUUUCUCUACAGUGCAGAGCAACAAUUUCAUCCCUUGCCAAGUCCAGUAAUUAACAGUCUUAUCAAGCUGUCGCUGUUCUUGUGAAAGAGCUUCAAUCAUGAGAUCAUUAGUACACAGCUGUCCCCUGGUGGAGAAAGUGUUGAGAGACUACAGGAGUGCUUAAAUUAUUUGUCCAAAUGUGUCUAAUUCGGUACCCUGUGAUGUUUAACACAAAGUGGCACACACACCUUUGGUCUUUUGCUGACAUGUUGACGUGAUUGAAUUCCAGUGAACCCUGACUGAAGUGUCUUGUGUGAUAAUCCUGCAGCAUUAUCGUCUCCUUGAGAGGGCCACACAAGGCUGCGGGGCUUACGGAUCAUCCAUUACCUGCAAAUGUCGCAACAUCUCAUGCCACAGCCUGCAAUCAAUAUUUUUUACACUGAAAUGCUUUUAAUGAGGCGGAGCUAGGUUAAAGGUUGGGAUGUGUGUGUCUGUUGAGAGAGCAGACGCAAAGGUUGGGGUGUAAUUUGGAUUGCACACAGGUCACAUGUUUGUGUUUUACAGUUUUAGAUAUAUUAGAGUGAACAUAAAGGACUCAUGAUUGCCUCUAUGUCAGAACAGAAGAGCAAUUUCAUGCCAGGAAAACAUAAUGCCUUGGUUCUGGUCCAGUUAAUCCCUGGCAUUAAGGAAGAAAAUAGCAGUGAUUUAAUUAGUUUUCUUCAAAGGCAUUAUUGUUCUCACAUGCAUUUCCAACACUGAUGAAGUGACAGUAUGACACAGUGCAGUCUUGUAUGCCGUGAGCGUAUUGUAAGCUGCUGAGAGAGUAUCCUGUAGAGUCUCAGCCUGGUGAAAAAUGGCAUGCUGUAUCUCAUAUUUUACUGUACAUAUAUCAUGUCACCUGCAGCUACCCUCGAUGUAUUUUACUGAUGCUGCUCAUCCCUCCAGGCAGGAGCUCAGUCACUGUGAGUGGCUGGACAUGCUGAGAAACAGGACCCUCUUUUUUUUGAGAAAAAUUAUUUCCUUAUGCGCGACAGGGAGCAUGAAAGGAAUAAGACAGUAGGGCAGGCUCGCAGCGGUGGAGGGGCUAAAGCAGCAGGACUUUCAUUUCACAGAAGCUUGUGCUGCUGCAUUGUCUGGCAAAAGCCUCGAGGGGCAAAAAAAAUCUGCCCGGUGAGUCCCACAUGGUGUCUGUACCACCUACAACUCCUUUGAGAUAAGGAAGUCAAAAGGAGGGAUGGUGGCGCAGAGAGAAAGAGUAAAGGUAUCCCUCUGAAUGUGAUAAGAGAGAGCCCAGAUAUGAAUCAAUAUCAAGCUGUAGUGUCUCAUUACUACAACAUGUGGCUUUCCAUUUCUUCCAACCACUGUAAAGUUGCACUCUGCCUUAAUGAUAACCUUCACUUGAAAUGAGGCAGUUGGAGGUAUUGACAAGGUAAUAUGUACGUGGGUUACUUGCUAAUCUACAGCUUUCCCCUGUGAGCAAUUAUAGUGAAUCAUUAAGAUCAGGAGCAUAUAGGUUAUAUUGAAUACAUGUCUGCCAAUAGAUCCCCCUCUUUUAAUGGAGGUGGUUAUUUCAUUGAUGUCUCUGCCAAUGUCUUAUGCGCAAUAAACAUCGUAGUCCGAUACUUGAGGAGGGGUUUUAGGGGGAUAUGCAAAUCCAGAAUCCCCAAACUGCCUGCACUGGUUCCCCUCGCUCCCCUGCAUGUAAUUUAUUGUCAGAUUCUCCAUGCCUCAAAGACACAGAAGAUGGAGCUAAGGAGGUCUCCAGAGUCUAAUUUAUGAAUUCUUAGCAUCGCCCGGAUUCUGUGCCGAACAGUUGUGUUCCAUGCUGUGCAGACUGAGUAAUUGUGUUUGGUGCGGUUUGCUUUUUUACUGAGAAAACUCAAUCAAUACAGUUGCAAUGGUUUUGAUUUUGUGUUUGCAUUGCUUUGAGAAUAGGAGGCAGUCAGCUGGAAUCUGUUUCUUAAAUCUGUUACUGUGCAGUUCAAUGACAUUUCAGUCCAAUAAGUGUGAUUUUUGAGGUGGCAGAAAGAAAACCGGUCUCCAAUGAUAAUCAGUGCUUUAGGAGACAAGGCAAUACUUGAUAUUGUUGUACGAUUUAAGGAUAAAAUGUUCUCUGACUGUUCUGAAAUUGUUAUACGAAUUAAAACAGCAUUUGUUGUGAUUGUGAAACUAUUACAAACCUCCAAGCUGGUAUUUUACCAACUAAACUGCAAACAACCCCUCUCUAAAGCGGGAGACAGCCGUAUACUGGCAGCAAUAGAGCUAUAAGGAGAUUUCAACUAUAACAGACAAUGCUGAACAAACAAAGGGGGUAUUGACUGAUUUGACAAAGCUUUUGACUCUAUUGAUCACAGCGUAUGACUCGAGAAGAUGACAUAUCAAUACUCAAAUCAGUGCUGUAUAACCUAACGUGCUCAUGGUAACUUUUGGGGUCCCACAGGGGUCAAAUCUCGGCCCCUUCCUGUUUGUUUUUUACAUCAAUGACAAGCGUAAUGUUUCUUAGCUCUUAAAUUAGUUUACUUGAAUCUCUACUGCUCUUGGAAAAACCUUGAAGAGCGUCUGAUCACUGAUGAAAGGGAAUUAAAUGUUGUCAUUGAACGAUUAUUUUUGGCCCUGUACUUUUAGCUUUUGUGCGUUCAUGAAAGGGAGACAUCGCUCAUGAAGGUGGAAAUUAACUUCAGAUUUCAAAGAUUGUAGCACAGGUUUUUGUAUUCAUCAUGAAGUUGUUCGACUUUAAAAGAAAAACAGAGAAUCUCUCCAAAAAUCCCCUCUACGGCUGCAUUCCCUCUAUUAAUUGUUUCCCUCUGGACCUUGUACAACUGUACACCUUAUUGAUUCCCUCAUUUAGUUGAGUGAAAAUCCCCCAGCCCUGUUGGCAAACUUAAAAAGCUCUCUCUCUCCUCUAAUGUGAUUCCGCUCGGCCAAAAAAAAACCAAGUCCUCACACAGGGAUUCCUUCAGGAGAGCUUUCCAUAAACAUAAAGACCUUUUUGAUUUGCAUUCUCGCCCCCUUUUGGUGCUUGACUGACACCUCACUUAGGUUUCCACUCCAACUCCUGUGGGAUUACGCGGGCUGUGCAAAAUAGAUGGCCCACUUCAUAGCUCUAUGUGUGAUUCAUUUUUGAUCUGGCUCAGCAGAAGAAAAAAAACACCUCUGAGAUAUAUUUGCUUGUCCAUCUGCUUCAGGAUUGAAAUGAGCGUGGUCAGUUAUUCAGCGGCGGUUGUCAUCUGUUCACCUGUGCCAGCAGUUUGUGCUGCAUUACAUUCCCUCAUGCAUUGUGUCCAGCAGCUAGUUGGCACUCUAAGCCUCGGCAGCGAUCUCUCCUGGGAUUCAGCUCAGUGCAUCUGUGCCUCAUUUGCAAGUAUGAUAAAAAUCCGCCUGAAUGUGGGAUUCUCUCGAUUUGUCUUAACAAUGACCUUAAUUGAAAAUGUAGUCUCAUGUCUGGGCUCAGGAGAAUGAUAGUCCCUGUGUAUCCCAUUCGAAUGACGUUUCAGUUCUCAUGUCGCGCACAGUAAUUAGAAGAGCUGGGAAAUGAAUACAGUAUGUGAUGGAGUCAGUGGAGUGGAAGAAUUUAAUUUGGAAAUCCUCUUUCUAGUAUGAGUUCCUGGAACCACUCCGCUAUGCCUUAUAAUUUCUUAAAGGAUAUGUAUUUAUGACAAUUCAUGGAUGGCAAUUUUAUCUGACAUCUGCCCAGUUUACUUUGUGAAAGAGAUCCAUUCUGGUUGUUUCGUAUUCAAAGAGUGAAGUCAAACAGAAAGUGCUGAACAUGCAGUAUGAUUCAGUAUUGACUAAAGCCUUCAUACACUGCUGUAGCUUCUUUAUCUGACAGCAGGAUAAUGGUGAUUCACAGAGAUAUUGUGUGCCAAAAGGGCAGCAGAAUGAGAUAAAACAGAUAGCAAGAAAGGCCGGGAAAACCUCGGACAUCAAUCCCCCUGCGGCUCUGGUCUACACUCAGAGCUCAAACAUCGCUUAAAGUCGUCCCUGCAGGUGCAACUGGUGGUGUUUUUAAUUUGCACAUGUUGUGAUGCUGCGGCCAAGGAGAUCUAUUAAAGAUGAGACCUUGGCAGUGAGACGUGUGCUGGCAACCAGUGUAGAAGGAGCAGACUGUGUGUUUUCCAUUCAUCUGGGGUACAAAGGAAACCUCCAAAUCAGAGGUGAAAACAUCUGAAAUAGAUUCCCCAAAGAGUAUCGAGGUUUUCUUUUUAAAUCCAGAAGUAGAAACUCUGCGGCUUCUGCUUCAACUGCAUUGACCUUUACUUUUCCGUUCCUGCAGGAUUCACCUCGCUGAAAUAGGGUUUUUAAGGCGUUUUGACUCCAGUUAAGCGAGUACAUUGUCGUUAUCAGCACUUUUAUACACCAUGUGCUCGAGAAAAGGAGGACAAAAAGAAUAUAUUUGUGGGGAGAAGAAUCGCCAAGUGAGCAUAUUGAUGAUGAGCAUGGCCAAUUGUAGAUCCAAGAGCAGCUGGUGUCACCCAGGGAGCUCGGAAGAGCGGCAAUCUGUUGAUGUCCUCCUCCAGCUACCUCGCUCCCACUGGGCCGUAUGAAUAUAAUCAGGGCAGGUGAGGCCAUAAAGGGUUUGGGCUGACAUAAUGAAGGCUCAGUGUUACGGUUGCUCUGUGAUUAAAUGCGCUCACUCCAGCGGCCAUGUGGUUCCAGCAGUGCCAACCGCUCAUUAUGAGGGAGGGGAGCGGACUGGGAACAGCAUGCGAUUGUGCUUAAUUGUGACUGAUACUCAUGCCAGGCUUAUACCAUCAGUUCCCCCCGUACGGAGAGGAAAUACAAUAACUUGAGGCGGAAAGUUUGGCUCUGGUUUGUAAGUGAAGUUUUGAUUCAUUUUAUGAUCAUCCAGCCUCAUCUAUUUCUACUUAGUUUUAUAGCCUUGUUAACAACUUUAUCCCGAGCUUUUGGAUAGACUCUCGGCUAAAGCAGAUGAAGUAGGCAGAAGGGUUUUCUAUUAAAAAAAAACAGUUACUACCUCCACAGGAGACUUCUGCCUUAUAUCUGAUUUUGUAAACCAUAUGGCCCAUCAGAUAUGUCGCAGGUGAAAUGAGGCAGUGCUACAGAAAAAUUUAUGUUGAGGACAAAAAUUGCUGCUGCAAUUAAAGUCUCAUAUGCAGCAAUUUCAUGCCACCCGAAAAGGGAAAAUUUGUGUAAUCUCAUGAGGUGUCUGUGAAGCUGAAGACUGGUCCCGUAUCCCCUCAAGGCUCACUGUACUAAUAUGCCUGUCGGGGAGAAAACUCUGGAAAUGAUGCAGCACUAAUGUCUUCCUCCUCCUCCUCAGCUGGGCUCUCAUUCAUCACUGUGUUCGUGUCUGUGUGUGUGUGUGUUCUUGUCACAACAGGACCUGGGAAGUUCAGAUGGUCCCCCGCGGAAUUGGAAGGGCAUAGGAAUCGCCAUGGUGGUGAUCCUGGCUGUUAUGUCCCUGGUCAUACUCUCUGUCGUCCUCCUCACGCCUGGUAAGGACAAAAUAAUGAGUCAUGUUUGCACUUUCUUUGGCCACAUAUAGUGAACAUUCACGAUGACUACAACAAACUGUUUAUCCGGAUAACAGCAGAAGCGUAUAUGGUCUCUUAUAUGGGCCACCUCACUAAAAGAAAGCAGUGAUUAAGCAAAGUGUGGGAUAGAAUUGCUUAAUCAUGAGGCUUAUUGCAGUAGCUUUGAUCUAGCUGGUAAAGCAUAACAUGGCGAGCUGCUCUCUAGAGCUCUCCACUUGAUUUAAAGGCUUUUUUAUUCUGGAAAAUCUAACUUGAAUGGAGUUAAGUGUGGCCUAUUGCAAAUCUGCACGACAUGGGGCGCACUCAUAGACUGUAUAUACUAUGGACAACUUGAUUCCGCCUUCCGCCAUAAAGCUCUUGGUAAUUCCGUGAUUUUUCUCCAUUUCCUGAAACCAACAUUGCGCAGUAGUGUUGUGCGCAUUCGGCAGGAGAGUCGCCAAGAGUCGCUGUGAUGACGCUUGGCUGAAACAGCUUAUCCCCCGGGUGAGCUACGCAAUCUUCGUACACCCAUAGGCUGUAUCAAGUGUCAAUCAUAGAAAACAGGAACCCCCUAAUAACUUUUAAAAAUGGAGGACUUGAGCACAAACCAGUCUUACAGUAACUACAUGUCAACAUCGCAAUCAGGGGGGAGAAAAAUUUAUAUUCUGUAGCCCGUCACCAGAGGGUGCUGUUCUCAGAGUGGCGUCACUCAGCUAGGAGGCAGACGGCGUCCAUUCUAUAUACAGUCUAUGAGCGCACUCUUCAACUCCACCCUGCAGAGGGCGCUUAUUUUACACUCAAAUACGAAGACCGUGGAAGACUUUACAAGAUUUCUACUUCUGACGUUUAAAAAGAGUCUUUAGGAUCGAAAAAUUCAAUCUUUACAUUAUUUUUCAUCAUAUUUUGGGAAUAAUGUUUUUAAAAUGGGCGAAAAUUUAACACUUUUGAUGAGUACUUCAGCUUCAGGCUCUGCUCUGUUGAUUCCAGGUUACAGUUUGUAAUAAAGCAGCCUGGUGAAUUGAUUUGAGGUUGUUGAAAGGUUUGUGCAAAUUAGAUAAGAGACCAAAGCAGCGGAGCAAAGAGGAGGUUUGGGGCAUAAAAACUGUUGGCUACUACAGAGAAAUCUUCGGGUUUAAAGGUGGUAACACUUUAGAAAACAACACAUAAAACAUCACCUUGUUUUAAUUUACCACCACAGGAAACCUACAGUGGAUUAAUUUGGUUUUCAAUAGAGUCUUAUGGGGUUUUUCAUUUACUUACAGAUUAAAAUAGAUAUAAUGUGAGGACAUAUUUAAAGUUAAUAUAUGUAUUUCAAAUAUUUAACUCACACAUGAAUAAAUAAAUGCAGAAAAAGUUGAAGUAUAGGUCAGGAUCAAACACAUUCAAGUUUUUCUCUCUGUAAAUAAAACAAGAAGACACCCUCUCUGAUCGUAUAAUUUAUUCUGCCUUUUUGCCUCUGAAGACGAGUCUCACUUGUUGCUCCGCUCCCAACUGACAAUGGAGGAUCUGGAGAGCGAAGAGUUCAAAGUUCACGACCCCUCUGUUGUGUGGCUGAACGGUAAGAAAGCUUAAAGUUAAAAAACUAAAACGAAAUCACCUGAAGCAGAAAUGUCUGACCUCUUCAGCUCCAGCUCUUCACUCUUACAACGCAGGACUCUGUUUGUUACCUGUCUAAACUUUUCAGAAAACGAAGUGGCUCUACGCACCAGAGAGGGACACAUCCUGUCAUUCAGCCUCAACAGCAACCUCACCACCACUCUGCUGGACAACAGCUCCCUGGUGAGUUACAGCAGCCCAAAUUGUGACGACAGAGGACAGAUUUCAGUAUUGAUCGGCUUAUAUCUACAGACAGCUGGAUGAAUUGACCGGCCAAUAGAGGGUGAUGCUUCCACAUUGAGACAGAGAGAAGCCGUAUAGUCCCUCUGUUUCACAUCCUACAGCUGAGACAAAAAAAGAUCUGGCGGAGUGACAGUAUCGGCUCGUUUCGCCCCAAUCUGGCUGCUCUGUGAGCCCUCGGCAUGUGCCUUCAAAGAGAAUUUCCCAAGCAUGGGUAUCAUCUUGAACACCCGCCUCUGCACGACACUGACAGACUUAUGUGGGUCAUCGCCGAGGAGCUUAAAGCAGGGUUGUGUUUUCAGGUUGAAAACCGGUCUCUUCUUGUGGUUGUGAUGCGGUUUGUUGUCUCCCUUACAGUUCUGCUGCUAAUUUCAGAAAGAUAUAUUUCCUUGUAAGGACACUAACACAUGCACGAUGUUUCCCAGAAUAAACGUAUAGCUCUGAAAGUUUAGCUGAAGUUGAAGUCAAACUGGAAAUUGAAAUUCACGGUGAGGGAAACUUUCUAUAGCGAGAUAACAGCUCUUCACAGCUGAAUAUUCAAUUAAAGAGGCGAAUUACGCCGCAAAACAUCUCAACUAAAACAGCCUUUUCAUGGUUGUCAGAUUGGACUGAAAACACACUAAUGAUCUGAUAAGAGAGACCAUUGACUGAUGUACAGUUUAACUGAUUUGUGUAAGGAUUCAAAGUAAAUAGGAGGAAGCCAGAGACAGUUUCUUUAAUCAAGCUUUGAGCUGAUCUUUGAAGAUGUAUAAGAUCUAUUUUGUAACUCGCAGCAAAACUUAAUGCUUCUCUCGUCUGGGUAGAGCCUCUUUCCUUAAAUAAGAUGUAUUGCAAAACAACUGAGACGAUACAGAGUUAGAGAGAAGAUGGGGGAAAUAAAAAUUGCUGUAGUCUGUUCAAUUACUGAAAAAAGCGGGACUGUAAAACUGACCUCAGAGAGACUGGAGGUGUUUGAACCGAAGCGGGCAGAUGCUUUUGGAAAAAUCAGCAAACACAAGAUAAAAGAAGUCCGUGAUAAGCUUUUGGAUUUUGAUGGAGCCUUUUAAGAGCAAAAAAAGCCUGAUGUCUCCUUCGGGAGUUGAUAGAGGAUCGAUAUAGAGAUCAAAGAGGAUGAAUAUUCAAGCGACGCUUUCAAGGUGAGCAAACAACACAACUUCAAAUGAAUUAUAGUCCUGCUCGGUUUCUAUACCGGAUGUGCAAAAAGGAUCUUUUUCCUUUUCAGCUCAUUGAGUUUUAUUUCUAUGAUGCGUCCAAAUCUUUCUUUCACUGCUCCCAAGUUGCAGAAAACAUUCACGUUUCAAAGUAAUGCGUCAAGUUGGAGAUCAUCAACAUUAGGGAUAAACGCUUUCAGAUGACUAAACAGAUAAAUGUCAUCCCACUCGCCAGAUGUUAACUCAAUAAUUAAUCAGUUUAAAUGAGGUACCGCUGAUGUAUUUGUGGGCGGCACAGUGGUGUAGUGGGUUUGCAUUUUCUCCCUGUGUCUGCGUGGGUUUACUCCGGGUACUCUGGUUUCCUUCCACAUUCCAAAACAUACAGAACUGGGGUUUGGUUAAUUGGCCACUUUCAAAUCGCCCGUAGGUGUGGAUGGCUGUUCGUCUCUAUAUGUCAGCCCUGUGAUGAACUGGUGACCUGCUCAGGGUGUCCUCUGCCUUUGCCCGAAGAUACUGGGAUAGGCUCCAGCGACUCCCAACGGGAAUAAGCAGUAGAAGAUGGAUGGAUGAUAUUUUUGUCAAAGCAGGCGUGAGACACCUGGUUUAUGACGCUACCUUUGAGCUGAAAUACUACCUGGAUGUAAACAAGCACAGAUGACGUCUUAAAGCAUGGAAUGGUUUGACUCUAGUUUGAUAAAGUUGUUGUGUCUGGUCAACAAAAUCUAAGCAAUAUGUAAUUUGCACAAGGAUGUGGGACUGGAAGCUAAUGGGGCAACCUCUGCUAAUGUGACUUUAUGUUUACUCUUGUUAAAUUGUGCUCACUUUUGUCUGUUUUCUGAGUUUUUUCUGAUCUGGGUUUAAAUUUUAAUUUAAACGCCUUAGAAAUGAAACACUGCCUUAAUCAGAAUAUCAAUCCUAUGAGACAAGAAUUAGCUAGACCCCAGGAUUGAUCCUUGAGGAACUCCACAAACCCUUUCAAGAAAAAAAACACCCAACUGCUUUUCCAACGAGUAACCUGAAGGUACAUACAACAUACUGAAUGUGCAUUUUCUAUUUUUUUUCUUCCAGGACCUGACCAUGACUAAAUUCCAAGUCUCUGCAGAUAAGAGGUUUGUCCUCUUGGCGUAUAACAUCCGACCGGUAAGUUUUCUCCUUAUCCCAGUUUAACUCCAACUGUGAUUCCAGGCGAGCUAUUUACCUUAAAAAUAUCCAGGGGCAUAAAUAAUCUGCAAAUAUCAAAGACAAGCUGCGUUGGAUCACACGUCCUCACGUCUGGCAGUGGCAGGCCAGCAGUGGCUGUGAAAAACAAUGGCGACACGCAUCCUAAUCAGAGCGGGAAAGAAAGAACAGAGAGGAGGUGGGAGAGAAAGGGUGUGCUGAUUCUGCACUACUGCAGCAGGCUCCGGCUCCGUAACACCGCCCGCCAAAUGAGUGGGAUAACAUAUGGGGAGUUGAAUAUUUAAACUGGCUGAUGGCUGAAGGUGCAGGGGGUUGAGGAAAGCUUAGAGUGAGUGAUCAGUGUGAAGUGGAUGGCUUGGGGGAAGGGGAGAUAUCAAGGAGAUGAAGGGCUAAAGUUGGAGCUGCAGUAAUGAAAUCACCCUGCUACUUCGGCGGGGAAUUUUAAUGAGAAGCUGCAAGAAUCACAAUCGCAGGUGGUUUUCAGAUAAGCGUCGGGGUAGACGGAAAACACACAGAUCUCAAACACCACAUAGCCCCAGUGCCGCCGCUCCCCCACCCCCCUCCAUCCGCCGUCGCACUCUGUAAACACCCCGCACCAUUAAUAAAUAGUUGAGCCGUUCCUCAAAGGGCAGGCAAGUUGUGUAAUGUGCAAGUAAUCUGUGAGGGUAUAACAGAAUUAGGAGGAAAUGAAAACCCUCAGCACAUUUUCACCCACAUUUUUAUUAAAAAUACGAACACAGAUUUGCUGUUCUCUCUUGUUCUCAGUCUUUUCCUGUUUUUUCUUUUUUUUCCCUUAGAGGUCUGCUUUUGCUCUAAUGACUGUGAAUCUUAUAUUAUAUGUGUAUGUAUGUGUGUGAGUGAGUGAGUAGGGAUGACGACGAAUGAGCCUGUUGCUGCGUUACAGCACUCGCCACUUACUCAGAGCAUCUCUUGUAAAUGAAUUAUUGAGCAGUUAACAUACAUUCAAUCAGUUUUCAUAGAUCUCCACAGAGAAGUGGCUCAGAUCUUUGCCCAAUUUGCGCGUUGCUUGUUGCCACGUCAUUAGCAUACUCUCUUUGAUGUCAGCAGGAAUUGUCUCAUCUCUGUACGCUUUGUGCGAAUCCACGCUCGAAGAAAACAGAGUCAGUGGGCACGCCACCUCGAAUCAGUUGUUUGCUUAGUAAUGGAUGUGUAUAUGCGGGAUAUAGUUUUGCAUGCAAGAGGAUCAUUCUUCCGUCCUCCCUUCCUUUCCACCUCUCUCUCUCCCGCCUCAUCUUCUCCACUCUCACUCACUUUCUUCUGUCUAUCUCUGGGGGGAUUUGUGCUGACUGAAGCAGUUUGCGCCAGGCACCAGCUUUGCUGUUUUGGAAGAGAAGCGGCUGAGAGUGGCAGAGAACGAGAGGGGAAAAACAGAAGGAGCAGUGUGGGGGGAAAGCAACUUGUGAAAAAUGGGUUAUGCACCAUUUGCCCUUAGAUACAAUGCCCAGUUUGAAAUCAAUCAGAGUGGUUAUCAAAGGAUGACAGAGAUGUACGGAGGGGAGAGAAAAGGAUGAGCAGGGCUGUGGGUAGAAAGUUAAAAGGCUUCUCUGGGUCUUGUAUUAGCUCUGCAGGCUUUAGGGACAUUUUUUGUGCCUGGUGGGUGAGAAUAAAUGGAUUUUGAUAAGAGCGUAUACAAGGAAUCGAGUUAGGGAUUUGGCCACAUCGGAACAAGAGAAAGCAGAUUUCUUACAGUGGGGGGUAGGGGUGGUGGGUGCCUUUCCUCAAAGCCUGUUUGAAUUAAAAAGGUUUGUGUGCAAGAGAAGAAAAGUAAAGAGAGAAAAAAACCUACAGAUGUAUUUUUUUAAAAGAAGGAUGGUGAGAUACUUUUGAGGCGAUAGGAGCUCCUGAGAUUGAUGAGCAAAGGCAAACAAGCUAAAAACUGCCAAAACAGCGCUGUUAAGGGAGAAAUAAAGUGACAAGAGAGUCGUGUCUACCCUCUGCAGCAAACACGGAUGCUGGGUGCUGGUAUAGAGGCAGUGCAUUGUGGGUCUGCUGAAGAAGAACGUGCAGAAAGAAGAAGGAUGCUGUAAUCUUUCUUUCUGUGUACGUUACAUAUCAGUAUCAGCACUCAUGUAAAGGUUGUCGUAAUCUCUUUACGCUUCCCUUGUUAGUGCGUCUCCUGAGUGUUUAAUCCCUGCAUGUGCCCCCUCCUCCUCCUCCUCCUCCUCCUCCUCCUCUUUCUGUUUUGGUGACAUGGAUUGGGGAGGGGGUGCAUAGUAGAAGCAGAGCGAUCUGUAAGAUUUAUGGUAUGUUACUGGCAGGCGCAUUAGAAUUCACUCUGCCGCUCCAAGACAGAUGCCCUCACUCUCUCUGUCUGUUUAUCACACAGACGCCCAGUAACGUACAGCCCCUGCCAUCAGCUUCAUAAUGUUAAAUCAUGAGCAGAAUCUACAGCGUCCUUAACAAAUCAUAAACAGCUGAUUGAACAUAGAGCUCAUAACAAUGCUUCCCCUUCGGUCCCAGAGAGCAAUCCUCCCUUAAAGUCAAGAUUGGCUGUUUGCCGAUGACCUGUCAUCUCUGGCUGACAGCCUCUACCCUCUCUGAACCCUUUUCCUCCCUUUCCUGUCUUUGUUUUUUCACAUUUUCCCUUCACCACCGAGCCGAUCCAUCUCCUCCUUUUUCCUCCUGCAGUUAUUUCAGUCUUAACACCGCUCUUGUCCUGUAUACACCCUGUUGCCCCUCGUGCUCGGACUUUACACCGCAAUCAGAUUUCAAUUUCAUUUAGGUAGCCUCAGGAUUUAUUCUCCUCUCCUUUAUUUCUGCAGCUUCACCCCUGCGUCACUCCAUCCAUGUGUUUUCUGACAGCACACAAACAACGCAGAGGAGAAAUCCAAUUUCACUGCUAAGUGUGCUAUAUAGAGGAUGUGACAUUUAAUUUCUUUAGGGACUUGUUUUCCUGGAGGUUCUGGCUUUCAGAGGUCAGCGGGAAAAUAGCCUGCUUCCAACCUUUUUUUUUUUUUGAGAGGGGGAAAAAGUAAUGGAAAAAAUCAAUAUAUCACCUAGAAUUCAUCAGGUAAUGCUGUGAUCAAUUACCUUUAACGCGCAAGCACACAUUUGCACACUUUCAUUGAUCCUGCUUGCUUAGUCUCCUUUAGCAUGUUAAUUUAAUUAAUCAUCGAGCUGCUGAUGCUUGUGUUGGGGACUGUGACACAUACAGCAGCAACAAAGGACCCUGUGGAAAGGUUAUGAUGCUAUUCAAUAAGAAAGUUGGUUGUGAUUCCUGCACUUUCUUUUCAAGUUAUGUCUCAAAUUUGUCUCUUUUUCUCGUUGUAAAGGGCUCCUGAGGGAUCAAAAAAUUCCGCUCAUCAGAUAUGAUCAAAAUAAUGAUGUAAUAUGGAUGAAAUGACUGCAAGAGAAUUAGUGACUGAAAUAAAUUUAGAGAAUUAAAGAAUCACCAGCUGGGAUCUUUUCGGUUCAAUUAGAGCAAUAUUGAAAUAAUACUAACGACCUUCUGGCUGCAGAAUAUCUCCAAGUAAUGAGAAACUGAAAUAAAUCUCUUUUUUUUUGCCUCUUGGUGCAUUAAAGAGCUGUUUAGAUGAUGCCUCCAACGCUGCCUAAAAUGCAGCAUCAGGUAUUGGCAAGUCCACCAGUCAAUGCUCAGAUCUGAUACAAUAAUUUAUCAUACUUCCCACACAAAAAGAAGUGUUUCUACUCCUCAAAGACAGUAGCUUAGUCAGCAAUAUUACUGAUGUUGUCUGCCUUUAGCAGUGAUUGUGUUAGAGCCACAGAAAGAGCAGAUUUAACAAAAUUAGCAUGUCAGCAAACUGUGUAAUGAUAGUCGAAAAUAGCAAAAUACCAAAAAACAGGAUUUCCUUUAGGGAUGUGCAUAUUUGGUGUGCAUGCCCACUCUUCCAGCCAAACCAAAUCGGCGCCCCCAAAUCUCAGGAUGCACAAAUAAAUCCCUGUAGCUUAGUGCUUAGCUGUAAAGUCAUCCUGAGCAGCCUCCUUCCUAACUUCCUUUUAAUUUGCAUUUACUUCCCUUUCUACUUCUUUAUGAGCAUGUGUGAGCACUCCAAUAUGUGCGUGUUGUCAUCUAAGUGCGGCACACCUGUGUUGCAUGAUAUCCUCUACCUCUUUCAGGUGUUCUCUCAGUCCUUCACAGCCUCCUAUGCUAUCCACGAUGUGGCUAAUGGGUAGGUGGAAUCAUGAAUGCUAAUGCAUGGGCUGCACUGGGCAUGAGCGUCAGACCAGCGGACUGAAAAACCCCCCCGAGUGUGUCCCAUCAAAUCAGAACUGUCAUGCAUUCAUUCAUCAGUGUGCUCGCCGGGUUCCCAACGUUGGGUUUUGAGCUGUUCUUCCAAAUGCACUGCCUGAGAUUCAUACAUUAUAUCAGAGGACCAACUCUAACAGUAGCUGAGGGCGAGUCUUGGAUCUACUGUAGAGUGAGUGUGAAAAAGGAUUUCCAAGGGACCUGCAGUCCUAAUCGUUGCCUGAGAAUGCCUUGAGGGAAAAUGUUUGCCUGUCCUGAGGAAAAAAAAUGAGAGCAGUUGAAAUACGGAUCCGAAAUUUUUCACUCCUGCAUGAACAACCCUCGUUUUUUUUGUUUAGUUCUUUCUCACUGCAUCUUGCUCUUUUGUCCUCACAGUGCAGUAUCUCUUUCAAGCAAUGCUCAAGGCCAAGGCAUGGAUGCACCUCAGAGGGCUUUAAAUGGGACAUUGUCCCUAAUGGAGGGCUUAUGUCUGAGUGUUUGUGUGUGUUCCAGGGAUCUGCAGGAGCUUAACCCUCCGGAGAGAGAAAAAGCAACGCUACAGUACGCCUCCUGGGGGCCUCAGGGGAACCAGCUGGUAAGCAAGGCUCUGACCAAUUUACCUGAUCAAUGACGGGGGUCUUAGUCCUCUGCAUCAACUAUUCGCUUUAAUGUGAUAAGAGGAUUUUCUUCACCGUAGUUCUUACAUGAAUGGAGCUUUCGUUUGAUAUAGCUCUAAUGAUUAUAACAUCUGCGGUAUCACGUCUCUGUCAUAAUGAGCUGAACUCCAGCAUAGGGGUUAUUGCGGCAGCCGCGCAGCUAUAAUGGGGUUGUUUUACAAUCAUAAUUUAAUUCAUCUACCUUCAGUGUAAUGUAAUUGGCUUUUGCUGCUAUGUCUGUGCUCAUCUGCAGCACAUUAACGGGAUGGUAAAGAUGUAUUGGCUCUCACUUGGCGUGUGCGUCUGUGUGUUGGACGAUGAUUCAUUCUGUUUGGACAGUGUCCGUGGUUGCAUUCAGUCAGCCAGCAUUGGAGUCUGCAAAUGCACUGUGUUUGAUAAUGGAUUGGCAUUGUCUAUAUGUGCUGCUCAUGCCAGGCCUACGUGUUUGAUGGAGAUAUCUACUACCAGCCGAGUGUGACCAGCAAACCCCUGCGCCUCACAAUCAACGAACCCGAGCAGAACGUGAUGAACGGGCUCCCUGACUGGACUUACGAAGGUGGGAUUUAACCCAGACUCUUUGGGAAUACUUCACGCUUGCAGCAAAAGUUGACAGCAGUGAACGAGAAAAAAGCUCUAAUUGUGACCGUCUUUUCAAACAGAGGAAGUGCUCCUGUCGCAUGUUGCUCACUGGUGGUCUAUGGACGGGGCCCGGCUGGCGUACCUCACUAUCAACAACUCUGCCACACCUGUGAUGGAAAUCCCUCAGUUCUUAGGUGGUCUCUACCCCUCUAAUGUAGUCUUUCCCUACCCCAAAGUAAGUAUUGAUUAAGAAAAGGCUUUUGGCACACGAGCAGCUCUGUGAGGUUGUUACUGAGUGAGCUUUUUAGGCUUAGAUUUACACUCUAAUAGAGAUAAAAUUCAGUUUUUUUAGCAGGUUUAAAGGGAUAUUCCGGCGUAAAAUGAAUGUAGGGUCAAACACACCGUAACACCGAGUCAGACACAGUUAGAGUUAGACUCUAUUGCCACAAAUAAUGCUCAGAACAGCACCUAACUUGAUCAACAGGACAUAUAGGGUCCUAGCCAUAGUACUAGACACCAAACAUCUUUUUAACUUUGCCUGAUUCUUUGGCAAAGAGAUUAAACACAACUCACCUACUCUCUUCCAGCAGCCGAUUGUUUGUAGCAAGACCUCAACCACUCCAUUACAGACUGUAGCGGGGUGACCCAGCUCAAGAAAGAAGAUUUAUGAUCAUUUUCCUUGAAGUAAUAAUCAUCAUAUAAAUUAUUUUGCACUGCAGACGCGGGAGAUCUUCUGCCUUAGUGUCUCGGUCUGAUUUGCAUUUCCAUGAAGAAAUUAUCAUAAAUGUUCUUCCUUGAGCUGUGUCACCUUACCUCAGUCGAUGGUGGACUGGUCAAGGUGUGUUUGACCCUAAAUAAAUUUUAAGACGGAAUAUCCCUUAAAUGUUUAUGAUGUUCACUGUACAAUUGAAACAUGUUGGCUUAUCAUAAUGUAUCUCAUUGAGACACUAUCAUGUUUACUUGUAAAUGCAGGGACUUUCAUUGAAACACACUAUCUUGUUUUCUCCAUGUUGUGGGGACUCACACUGUUGUUUUCUUGUUGUGGGGACUUUCAUUGACACACACUGUCUUGUUUUCUUCAUAUUGUGGGGACUCACACUGUUGUUUUUUUGUUGUGGGGACUUCUUUGACACACACUGUCUUGUUUUCCUGUGGUUUUGGGGACUUGUAUUGGCACACACUGUCUUGUUUUCUUACUAUUGUGGGGAUUUUAAUUGACAUCACCAACAUCAAUUGAGAUCAUCAAUAUUGAUCUCCGCGGCUACAAUUACUGGCGAGGAAUUUGGGACAAAUCGAUUAGAUAGUUGUUGAGGUAAAUUAGUCUGGAGCAUUGUGGCGUACUGAUUCAACUACUUACCCUCAGCUGCUCUUUAGAGGGAAAAAAAACUUGUCAAAGCUUAAACAUGUUUAAUUUUUUAAAUUGUUUCCUUUCUUCUCUUGCUCACAGGCCGGCUCCAGUAUCCCAUCAGUCAGUCUAUUUGUGGUGAAUCUGUACGGCCCAGCUCACACUCUGGAAAUGAUCCCCCCUGACUCCCUCAGGGCCAGGUACAACAUAUUUUAAAAAAUCAAAUCAGAGCAAACCUUGCAGACUUGAGACACCGCUUGUCUGAAAUGAUUACACUUAUCAAAUUGACUCCCCUCCUCUCCUUCCCUGCCACUCCUUUGCACCACUUUUCAAUCCUUUCCCCUUGUAUCAUUUUCUGCAUCACCUCUUCAGAGACAGCUACAUCUCCAUGGUGACUUGGAUUAGCAGCACCCGCCUCGCCGUACGGUGGCUGAAUCGUGCUCAGAACCAAUCAGUGCUCUGCGUAUGCGAGGCCACCACAGGGGCAUGCUCCGAGGUGAGUGGUCAUCAGUCGUUCCACAUUAGUAAUUCAAACGGCCCACACGGCAAUAUACAGCUUUAAUGGAAUUUUUGCUUCUUUUACACUGAGUUGGGAGUUCGGAUUGAUUUCUUUAAGCUCUCAGAUGUCUACUAGCUGGAUUAAUAUUUAAGGUCAUUUGCUGCAUGAGUAGAAUUUUCAGCGAUGUACUGCAGUAUUUUAUUGCUUGCUCUUUUCUGUUAAGUCUUCACAUAUUUGACUUACCAUUUCCAAUGUUUUACUGUAGCUACAUUUCAGGAUUUAUUAGAAAUUUCAGUUUUAAUAAUUUACUUUCUUCAGCUGAAGCUGCUGAUCCGAGUACAUUAAAGGUCCUGUGAGUAAUUCAUAUCUCUAUAAUGUGUUCCUUUAAAUCUACAGAAACACAAAAUGGCGUUGGACAUCAUGCAAAACCAGCGGCAGGUAUGCUCUGCUCAUGCUCAUGAAAAGUCUUCUUUCCUCUUCCCUCUAAGUUUUCUCUUUUUCUCACUUUUUUGUUUUUUUCCUCGACAGGAGGUGCCGUUGUUUUCAGCAGACAGCUCCAUGUUUUAUACGAUCCUGCCAGCGAAGCAGGGCGCUCGAGGGGAGUUUCACCAUGUUGCCGGUCUCUCAGCCCAGGUUAGUUACCUUUUACUCCCCUGUUGCCUCUCUAAGAUAAUAUCUGGCAGAUUGGUCAUUACAGGGGUUAGGUAAAAUAGUGUAAUUACAGAUCCCAGCAGUCCGAACCAUAAACUCCUCCUCUUCCCUCAUUACUGAAGCAGUUUGUUUGCAUUUACUCGCGACUAAAACACCACAUUUUAUCUCAGGAGUUAUGUGAUUCAUUAAUACUUAAAUGGUAGUUCGCCCUCAGUGUAAGCGAGGGAAUUCAGUUCAUUAUCUUUUACUGGAUUUCGUAACAAUUGAUUUAUCCUCAGUGGAGUGAUUAAAGAAAGUGUGUUAUGUAUUUUUAUUGGGGUCUUUUUUCAUAAAUCCUUCUUAGAGAACUAAAAGAAUCGAGCAUCAAAAACGGACUUUUCUGUAUAAUCUAUGGAUAAUGAGGUCCCACUACUCUGGGCUCAUACAUACCAUUAGCAGCACCAUAAAAGUCUCUCUCCUGUGUGUUGCUAUCCUUAGCUAAGACGUCAGAAUAAACCGUGAUGAAAAAUGACUUUUUCUGAGCGCGUUCUGUAGCCAUCAGCGGCUCCAUUUAGUUCAACUUUGCAAGAAUAUCUUCAUUUCUCCUCCUCACCCUCUGAGACACAUUUUUCUUUAUUGCCUCACUUAUUCAUAUUCUGUAUAUCUGCCUGCUCCACAUUUGUCUUCAUCCUCUGUUUUCCUGUGUGACGCAGCCUGCCACCCCCUCCGUCCCUCCCCGCUUCUUGACAUCAGGUAGCUGGGACGUCAUCUUGCUCUGCACUCUGGACGAGAAGGCUGGAAAAAUGUAUGUGAGAGUCACAGUGUGUGGAAGUGGGUUAAUUUAACCUCAGGAGCCUGAGCAUGGGCUCCUCACCUUGAAAAGUACAAGCCAAGAGCGGGAUAGUUGCCCUCAUUAAAACAAUCCUCCCUCUCUGUAAGCUGGGAUCAGGACAUGUUAGCCAGAGUGCAAACUCAUUCACCACACUUUACUUUCUGUCUGUUAAAAAACAAAUUCACAGAUACUUUGACCCAGCGUGUUUUAAAGGCCAAAACAAGUCUCUUUGGCCCUGAGUGUGCUUGUUGUGACAAUAUUUGUCAUAAAGAAGAAGAAAAGGAUCAAACAGAUUACAUCUUUAAUCCGUCUUCAUCCUGCCGGGGGCUAGAAACCACUCACUGACAGCCUGACUGAGGCUUGAUCAUCACACAGAAUCAAGCAAAGUCAAUUAUAAAUCCACUCGGUUGUUUAUAAAGCCCGCAGGUUGAUACUGCUGUGCCUCCAAGCAAGUCAUCCUGUCCCAUGAUGCUUCACUUUAAUUCAUAUGGAAGCAGAUAAUCCACAUCUGAAGCUUUGAUGUACAUCCAGCUCUCAGAUGUUGAAUUUCUCCAUCACUGAUGCUAAUUCACACACGCUGAUUUUAUUAAAACACUUGCUCAUGCAAAUGCGUGCAUCCUAGUCGUGAAUAAUAUAUGUCCGGAAUUAUUAAAAUGAAGUGAUAUAAGAAGUUUUAAAUUGUGUUUUUUUCCCCACCUUUAUCAGAUAUUUCCUGAGCACAGAAGAAUCCAGACAGAGCAGACACCUUUACAGGUAACCAUGUUGAAAAAAGUCCUGAUCUGUUUAUCAUGUUUAAGUUUUAUUUCAACACCUUCUUUUUCAUCAAACACAACUUAAACACAAAACUGAGUUCCAGCUAUACUAACUAGUAGGGCUGGGAUGAAAUGCUUCUCUCCUGAUUCGGUUCGUCUACGAUUUUUUUGCAUGCCAAUUCGAUUUAAAUUGCGAUUCUACGAUAUUGUCAAUUUUCUCUAUAUUUACUCUGCAUUUUUAACAACAAUGAAGCAGUUGAAUGAUCAUGAUUGUCUACAGACUAUUACAGGAACCAUAUUUCCCCCCAAAUUACACAUUACUGUUCAACAUAAAAAUGGAUUUAAAAAUUGUAAAACAAAAAAUCGCGAUACUUACGUGAAUCGAUUUUGUCUCCCACCCCUACUAACUUGAUGAUAUAUUGCUGUGCUUUAAGGUUAACGCUCCAAAAACAUCAACAUGUUACUGCAGGUGUAACAUGACCUUGUUCACUAUCUUAGUUUAGCAUGUUUGAAUGUAAAAAUGUGCAAAUCAGCAACAUCAUUAUGAAGUGAAAUCUGUCAGUUAAUUCUUGAGGUGAAAGAAACUAUUUUAAAAUCUAUUGAAAUUAAAUGAAAAGUUCUCGAGACGUCUUUCUUCUCACUGCACUCUGUUGAACUGAGUUUCUGACACGUCUCAGUUUCCCGCUAGCAUGCUUAAAAAAAGCAUCCAGAAGAGUUACUGCACACUAAUGUGUUGAUAUUAGAAUUUUUAUCCGUGUGUACUAAAGGAGCUGGAGGCCAUGAGCCGAGUUGACACAUUUAUAACUGAGAGAACCACACUCGAUGGACCAGGACCCGUCUUUGGCGCGGAGAAUUGAGUCGCUGAGACUCGUGAUAAACACUCAUGUCUGCUCCCUCAUCAACCUCCACGCUUUCAUAUCUUUUUAUUAACUUACAUUGCUGGAGGCUAAAGAGAGAUAGCACAAUAUUAUGGAGGAGGGAUGGUAGCUUGUUUGAACUUAACUGUGAUUAAUCCAGGAUGAAAUUUGUGAGCAGUAGAGUGGAGAGGCACUCCACACUGCUUCUCACAGAGCCAUCUGUAUAACGACUUUUAUGUCCACCCUUAUUGAACCUCAUUCGUGUCUGAAAAAGGCAACUGCCUGAAUAGUUUGUCUCGAGACACUGACACUUCUCCUUAAUAUAUAAACAAUUAAUUGACCCUCUCCUGCUGGAGCGUAUCAAACUGCUGUAGACUAUUGUUUUACUUUAAAGUGCUUUCAAUAACCCUUCUCUCUUAUUUCCAAGUGUGGACCUGGAUGGAGUUUUUCAGCGCCAGUGCAUCUCCUGCAACCUGAUUGAUGGAUGCCGCUUCUUUAAAGCUGAAUUCAGCCCCAAUCAGACUUACUUCACCCUCUACUGCUUAGGUCAGACACUCCAACGCCUUCGCUCGCUGACACACAUACUUACAAGGAAUGGGAAAGUCUCACACAGAGCGACAGUCAGUCUAAUAAUGUUGUCUUUUGAAAAACUCCACAGGCCCAGGAAUCCCUAAAGUGACAGUUCACAGCACAAAGGACCCCUCCAGUGAGUGUUUCAGCUGCUUGUCUGAUUAAUGGUAUAAUCAGACACACACAUACACACACACACACACACACACACACUGGCUGCUUGCAGUUUCUAGUGACAGCCAGCAGAGAGUGGUAUAUUGAAGCCCAAUGGGAUUCAGAGUGAUUGAUUUCUUAGCUUGUGCACAGUGCCCCCUGUCUGCGACCGUCGGUAAAAGACUUUCUCUCUUAAAUGGUCAGGAUUUAUCCACCACCUAAACUAUUCCUGUGUUUGCCUUCAGAGCUGACCCAAGCCUCAACAUUUGAUUUUGGGGUCCUCUAUUUCUCCCAAUAAUAUUGAUUGUUGAUCAUUCACACACCUACUACAGUAUAAAUGUAAUGCACCUGACAUGUCUUUACACAUUUAAGGGGAUGGCCUAGGCAAUAACAUAAAUAGUACCAAUGCAACCAUACAAAUAAUACCAAUGAAUGACUGAUGAAUGAUGUUCAGGGUGCCACAUAUGGUUUUUAAUCUCAAAAUGUAACACAUUCAGGAUGCUCAGUGCACAUUUCACAGCAGAAGGAACAUAAUGGUAGCAGAGCUUUGACAUAUCGGCAGUAAGAAUCAUAGGCCUACAUCAGCAGCAGCACCAAAAUGUUUUUACUUAAUUUCAUUUUUACAAUAAUAUAUUUGAUCAUACAGAAAGCAUCACUCACUCAUACAUGCAAAAAAAAAAAAAUAUUCAAUUUUUUUUUUAUUGCUCUUGGGGGCCCCAACUGUCUGCGGGGCCUUAAGCAGGAGCUUAGUCCGCUUAUGCCUUGGGCCAUCUCUGUUUGUCGUCAUGUUUUAUGAUAAAUAACUGGGAUUUUUUUGUCUUAUACCUUGUAGGAUAUGUCGUCUUGGAGGAUAACAGUGCGUUGGCUCGAGCUCUGGAGGACAAAAGCCUGCCUGAAACCCUGUUCAGGACGCUUCCAGCUGACAACCAUGGUAUCUUCUAUAUUUAUCUUAUUAUGUGUGUUUCCAUUCAUUCAUGUAUUUAACACAGUUGUUUAUGGUUAUUUCUUUACAGCAAGAGCAAAUUCCUCUAACAGUAUGGCACCGUUAUCCAUCUAUGUAUAUUUUUAGUGCUUUUUAAAGGCGUUAUAAAAUGCACCAGUAGAGUUUUAUAUCUAAUCUGAAUACUACAAUUGAAUCAUAAAAACAAGUGCCAUGCUAAUAAUACUUGACUACAAAGGAAAAGAAAGCAGAGAAACUGACUUGUUUCAAUGGUGUGUUGACAUUUGCAAAAACUGGCCUCUCAAAAAGCAGUCAUACAUCAUCUUUCAUUCAGCAGCUAGACUUUAUUGAGCAGUCAGAAUUGAACACAAGAUAUAAGUGCAAACCUGGAAGGGACAAAUGUGGUUAAGUACCGACUAAAGGAGACAUUUUUUCUAUUUAGCGGCAAAGUAGUUAAUGUGAGUUUUGCAAAGCCUCAAGGACCAGGCGUAAGUGUUUUUCUUUGUGUUGUCCUGGAUGUUUGUUCAUUUAUUUGGCCUUUCUGUGUCAGGUUAGGCCAAAAGCUUCAGUGUUUUUACUCUAACAUUUCUAUGUACAGCUGUCCUUUAUGACCUUAUGACCUCUGCCUCUGUUUGCCUCCCUCAGAUCUCCACCUGAAACUAUCUCUGCCUCAGGGUUACGAGGCCAACCUGCACCCUCUACUUGUCAUUGUGUAAGCCCCCUUAACUGACACCUGUCACCUGUUUCACAACCUCUGAUCUCCGUCUGCCUCUUCUCCUCUCCCACAUCUAAAUAACUGUCACAGUUCUUGCUGAUCCUGUUCGUCUUGUCUCGCUCAGAGAUGGUGUUCCCGGCAGUCAGUCUGUAACAGAGGAAUUCGCCCUGGACUGGCCUCAGGUCCUCUCCAGCACUUACAAUGUGGCCUUGGCUUGGGUGGACGGCAGGAGCGGGGUCGGACGGGGGCAGAAGACCGCCGCCGUGGAUCCCCGCAAGCUCGGCUCGCUCAGAGUCAAAGAUUAUCUGGGAGUUGUUGAGUCAGUAAAGUUAUGCAACAACAUACCGUAAGGCGAUAAAACUGACAUGUGUGAAAAAUGCGCGGUGAACUCAAAGGGCUUUGUGAUAUUUCCACAGGUUGUUGAUGCAGCUGUCUUACAUUGAUGAUCGCCGGAUGGCCCUAUAUGGCAAGGUAACAGUAUUAUUGACUUUGAGGAUUUAACACUCUUAUUAAAGCAAAAAGUUCUCUUCCUUUUUGUUUGUUUAAGCGCUUUUCUGCUUUUCCUUGCAGGCAUUCGGCGGAUAUUUAACUCUCAAGAUGUUAGCCGCGACAGAUAAACUCUUUCAGUGCACGGCAGCUGUUGCACCAAUAACUGACUUCAGGCUUUAUAGUAAGUUGAGAUCACGUCAUAAACUUUUCAAACUUCAAGGGUUUUGGAAUAUUGAUGAGACUGAGACUCUGUUCGUGUGUUUGAGUUGAUGUUUGUUCACUUUUUUUCAGGUGCUGCAUUCUCAGAGAGGUAUCUAGGCCUUCCAGCAAAGGAGGAGCACGCUUACUUUGUGAGGAUCCGAAGCAUUUACUCUAUGCUUUGUGGUUGUAGAUACAUGCUCAAAUGCAGAUUUUUAUUACCCAAAACCAAUAUGGUCUAAUUCAACAGUUCCCUGAUAAAUCCCGUCUCCGUGGGUGUUAUUUGUUAAACGUGGUUUAGUUAGGUAUUAAUUUAACUUUAUGGUCAUUUUGGCACUUUUAGUUCGCACUGCAGCCCAAUUGCCAUACUUUAUGUUGAGAGGUGUUUCUAAUUUUGUGUCAACCCUAUUUAAAUCAACAGCGCCAUAAGAAAUAAAGAGCACACCUCUCAGCAUAAUGCAAUACAAUUCGACAGCAGCAGGAUUUACAGCUUCUCAGGUGGACAUAAAUUUUAAACUCCUGUUUUUUUUUAACCGCUCUGCGAAGCCGAACAUUUAGACUUUUAUGUUUGUGGAAUUUAUUGUAGUGCUGCUGUUUUUUGGACUGCAUUAUUUCAGCUCGGGGGAGGGGGGGCUUUUUUUGUUUUUUUAGAAAAAAAAAAAACACACUAAAACGGGGUUUGUAUAUCUCUUCAGACCGCCUCUUUGCUGGAAGAAGUUAACAAACUGAAAGAUGAAAACUUCCUUAUUCUACAUGGGACUGCAGAUGGUGAGAACAUUUUUUAGUUUGUGCCAAAGUUUCCUUUUUGUCUGUUAUUCCACCUCUGAUUUCCUCUGUAUGUUUGUGUUUUUAGCGAGGGUACACUUCCAGCACAGCGCCGAGCUCCUGAGCCGAUUAGUGAAGGUGGAAGCCAACUACUCGCUCCAGCUGUACCCAGACGAGGGCCACAUCCUGAGAGAGCCGCGCAGCAUCCAGCACUUCCAGCGGACUGUGGUGAACUACCUCCAGACAUGCUUGAAGCACAGCAUCUUCCUAGAUCCUGUAGAAGAUGAAGAUGAGGAAGACGACUGAACCCAGAGCCCCUUCCCCUCUGCCGGAGGGACUCUCUUCAGACUUUACACCAUCUUAUGCAUUACCUUGGGUCGGAUUACUGGACACAAGAGCACAGGAGUGGGGACCAAGCACAUCAGAUCACCUCCUAUGACUUUAUAAAAAGCUGAUUGAUGUACUGUAUUCUUCGUUGCACAUGUUUAUUAUUUCCGCUGUAUGUAUGAGGCUCUGUUUGUUUACAAGAUUCACAUGAGAUAAUGUGGACAAGACGGCUACUGAUUCUGUCACAAAGGUUUUAAAACAUGCAUGUCGUAAUGGCUGCAUGAUGUGAGUUAGUUGACAUUGCAUUUAUAUGUUUUGCAGGUCCGAAUUUCACCCUUCAGGGUUAAGAGUACAGAAUCUACCAGCAGCUGGGAACACACGAGAAGACUAGGAUCCCUGCUGAUGCUAUUAAAAGACCAGUCCAACACAUUUAAUGGUUGCAUCUAAUGUUGUUAUUUUCCAAAUACACCAAGCACUGAGUGGAUCUGGUUCUGAUUAAAGCAGAUUGAAGACAUAUAAGACUAUAUGAAGAGGGCAGCUGUUAUAAAAGACAUUCAAACCAUAAAAUCUUAGAUAACAUGCAAACUGGGUCAAAGGUUACUCUCUAGGGCACACUCUCCACUGUCUCCUUGCUGUAAAAGUCAUUUAGGGCAUUUUGCACUGUGUUCCCAGCUUGAAUAAAAUAAAGUAAAACAAUCGUCCCUCUGGAUGUUCCAAAUACAUUUUGUGGACAGUAGUUUUAUUAGUAUAACUUGCAUUUUGUGAAUUAGGAUGAGUAUGCAGCUGAUACAAUACACACAACAACUUCUGAAUGAAGGAUGACAGCAGAGCACCUUUGUCAGUUUCUCUGGGGCAGUCUCAUUAUGUGUGUUUCUUUGCUUUUGAAUCAUUUUGGCAGGAUUGAAUUAUCUCUACAGGCUGUUCAACCGCUCUAGUCCAAAAGAUAGUGGAUAAUGGGCUCGACCAUCAAACUAUCAACCAAACUAAACCGGUAAACUGCAUGCAGGUGGUUUUGAAAAUGUAUGCCCUUGACUCUAAACAACCAGCUUCUCCUUUCUUUCUCAACAGUACUUGACAAUAAAGUUUGAACAUCGUUUUACAGCAAAAUCUACCUUUUUUUUAACUUUGCUGAUACUGCUUUCAGUUGUCACAAAGAUCAUGGUUUUCCAGAGCAUUUUUUAUCAGGGAGAAAGAUACAAAAUGAG